GGGCAAAGGCACAAACAUUUAUGGCUUUCUGAUAUUAUUACCUGGUCUCAUCAGUGUCUAGCAAGCUAAAUCUCUCAAACUUUCCACCAGGAAUGAAACUGACGACCUCUGGUCUUACGUGCGAGUAUUUAACCUCUAGGCCGUUUAGUUAAAGUCCCAAUUUAAUUUACUAAUAUUUAAAAUUUCUAGUCUUAACUUCGCCUCACUGAAGCCCUGUCGAUAACAAUAGCUGUCUCCACUUUAUUGGGAUAUUCAUAGAAAUAACAGUUAAGUUGCAUAGUUACCAGUCUGUCAGUUUACGAUCAGGUAUACCAGUUAGAUGUUUCUAAGGGAUCGUUAUACCUACCAUCCCAAUACUUUAAUUGAUGCUUUUAUUUGUCUCUGGCAGCCAUAUAUUUGUACAGCAAUGUUUCAGUGAUAUUCAUUUGAUCAACAUAUUAUUCUGUUUCAUUUGAUUUUCAGACAUUUAGAUUCUCAAGUAUGUUGGCUGACCAAAAGUAGUUAGAGCUUUCCGUGACCUUCACUUUAGAUCGUGGCCUACACUAUUUUGAUGGAUUGUGCCUAUUAGUAGUUAUACCAAAGACCUCAGCCAUUGUAACAACCGUUUAGCCAGACUUCUGUCUUAAAUUUACGAGAUAGGCGAUAGCGAUCUUUUCAAGCUUAUUACAAUAUAAAUUGAAAUUCGGAAGUUGGUGAGACUUCCUAAAAGAGUGAAACAGUAAUCCACUCUCAACCCAACAAACUAAAAGAUGUGUUAAAGAUUUUGAAGAACAUGUUAACUGGUUUUUAACUGCUACCAAGCAACUUCAGUGGAAUGUCAACACAAGUCCUCUGAGUAGUAAUAAAGUUGAGAAUCUGUGAUUUAUCUAAAGUGGGAUAAAGCAGCAGGUUCAGAUGUAAUAGUCUAGGAAAUGAUAGAGCUCUAGUCUUAGCAUUUGGAGUCGUUGCGUUUACCAAAUAUUUGCUCCUCAUUAAGUUCUGGAACACAGACAUACCUACCGACUCCUAGUCACAGUUCUAUUUCUCAACCUUAACGCAGCAUUCGGUUCUGUUGGCCGAAAUAUUUUAUGCGAGUUCCCGACAAUUAAAAGCAGCCUUGUGCAGACUUUGUAUUUGAAUACUACUAUUUGAAUCGGAGCUUAUGACAAACAGUCAUUAGAAGUGCUAACAUUCAGUGGCGUUCGUAAAGAUUUUCCAUAUUUCUUAUUUUCAUUUGACUGUCAUAGACAUAUUUUGGGAGAUAACACUUUCCUCAUUUAAUCUACCAGAAAUUGAUUUAUCAGGAGAUUCUGUUUUGAACUUAAACUAAACAUGAUAUAGCUCUGUUUCCUGAAAAUAUCGGCAAGAUCUAUAGUUUUCUGGUAGCCUUGGACAAGAGUGCAAAGAUGUCUGGGAUGCGUUUCUCUCCAUCUAAACGCACAAUAUCACUUCAAGAUAGAUUCGCACUGACACCUAAACCAAUGAUAGGAAGUGAAGUAGUUGAGUGGGUCGACCGGCCCACUUAUUUUAGAAAUCUCUUCAGUCUUGAUAGGCCUUUGUUUGACGAACUCUCGGCAUAAAUUCAGAAAGCAUAAUCGGUUUAAAGCAAUGCUCCUUUACGUUGGGACCAUUAAGCUAGCAGUUCUGAGGUUAGAUGCAUAGUACUAAGUUAAUAUAACAAACCAAAUGAGGAAGUAGUGGAUCUUUAUCUACUAAGAUGGUUGGGAUAUGUAUUAUGCAUCCCCAUCCACCAACUAUUUUAUCUCGUAUUUUUUCAACUUCUUAGUGUAUGUGAUUUAUUUUGAUACAUCAAAGGUUAAACAGACUGAAGACGUUUAGCGUUUACGAUUGUCACAAUGAAUACUUUUUAAUGGCUAGAAAUUAAAGAUGUAUCAUGCAGAUGCUUAAUCCCUUGGUUGCCGGAAUAAUGACUUAAAAUUCGGUAAGGUUUAAAAAUAGGAUAAUUUCAACCAGUGUUCUUAGGUCAUAUACGACAGGGUUUAGUCAGCUUAAAAACUGACAUGUUUUUAGUCUUCUAUAUGAAAUCCCCAAAUGAUAUUGUCCUGUCAAAUAUGUCAGAUAAUUUUCCCUCAUGGCUGCUUAUUUUAAACUUCCCGCAAAUUUGAGUAUAUUCAUUUAGCGUUUCUUUUUUUGUAGAGAAAUUGAAUUUGUUCAUUAUGGAAAGUAACGCUGAUCUGGAAGAAGUUCAAAUUAACGUCAAUGGAACGAACCGUCCUCACGCUAAAUCGAUAGAACAGGAUUUUUCUAGUUCAAUACCUAAUCAUUCUGUUUCUUGCACAGAAGCUCCCACUGUGUCACUUGAAACAUCAAAUGAUUUGUCUAAGUCACCUACCAUUCUGUCAAGUUCUACUGUAACUAAGAAAGAAAUUCCUCCCGAUUACGUUUUUGGGUCAAAUAUUUCGUCACGCGUUGUGAAUGCUGAUGUGUCAAAAGGUGCCUCGGUUAAUUUAUGGACAUCAACAUCUACAAGUCAUGAUUCCGCCUCGUGUGUUUUUACCACACUGGCUAAAGCAGUUACUGCUUCUCAAGCAAACUUUAAGGAUUCGAAAAAUCUGGAAGAUUCCGCAAAGGAAGUAGCUGAGGACAAGCGGAAGGAAACAUUAACGUUAGCAGAAGUCGACCUAGUCACUGGUGAAGAAGGGGAGAUUCCAAUCAUUCGACAACACUGCCGAGCUCAUAUUUUCGAUGCUAAUAAGCAGAAGUGGAAUAAUAUUGGGGCUGUUCAUUUCCAUUUAAAUGAUAUUCCCAACGACAGUGUGCAAGGGAAUACCAAUGCUUUCUGCAGGUCCCGGAUAGUAGUGCGUUUAGUGUCUACACGCAGAUUGUUGAUUAAUACUCUUAUUUGGUCUCAAAUGCCUGCCGCUAUAGUUGACUCACGAACUUUGAGGAUAGGUGCAAUUAAUGAGGAAGGACAUAUCAAAAAUUAUCUUUUUGGAUUUCCACCGGAUGAGUCGGCUUCCAAAAUAUUUGAAAUGAUAAGUUUUAGAAAGUCAAACGCUACUACUCUCCCGUAUGAAAUUUGUCAUGACAUAGCACCUGCUUCAAACAAAGAUAAGGUGACUGGUUGUAAGCGUCAGUUAGAAAUUCAAGCCAAAGCAGAUGUAGAUUGCUCACUCCAUGUACCCCCGAAAAUAGCCAAUACUAAUGUCCUUUCACCUACACCAAGUGUGGUUGUAUUUCCAAAGACUAACAUAUUUAGACCAUCGGUAUUCACUCCAGUUUGUAAAGAUUCGUCCAAUAAUUCAUCGACCCCAAAUCACUCUUGUCAUGUGGGAGAACUACAGUUUCGAAAUUCACCGUUGGAUAACGUUGUUAAACGUCUCUGUGAAAGCAGUCCAUCUGGUAGUUCUGAAUCUUCUACACUUCCAUGUAAUAACAAAGUAAAUGAACCCCCGAAAUUGUCAUCGGGUGUAAAUUCUCAGAAUAUGCCUAUCAGUUCGGUUUCAAGUAAUCAAUGUGCCGAUUUCAUAUUCGGCCAUAACGUUUCGGAACGCGUCACAAAUGCUUCUUUAUCUACAGUCGUUAACCGUGAUAUCUGUGGCAAGGAUCUUCCAGUCGAGUCUUCAGAGUCAAACGACCACAGUUUAUCUCCAGAAAAAGAAGAGAGUAUAGAUGCUUCUGAGACUGGUGAGCAUUGUACUGUUCUUCCUAGUAAGCGAACAUUAGAAGAAUCUGCCGCUGCAGUAACUUCCGAGAUGCUCGAAAAGUCGACCUAUCUCUUAGCUAAUCUUCCAGAAUCUCCUAUUCUCACUGGGGAAGAAGGAGAAUACCUUACUCUGAAGGCUUACUGUCAUUUUUAUUGUUUUGAUCGUCACAAACAUGAGUGGGCCGGUCGUGGACAAGCUUACAUUCACUUGAAUGAUGUUGCAAUGAAAUCUUCAUCGUUACCUAGUCAAGUCUCCCCCUUUCCGUCUGGGCCGCCUGCACGGUCUCGUUUAGUAAUCCGCACGUGCCAAACUUUGAAACUUUUAGCCAAUGUUCCUAUCUGGUCCGGUCUGAACGUUGCUAUGGCUGAUGAACGCUCUAUUCGUCUGACUACAGUCUGUCAUCCGUCAGAAACUUUGAAUGAUUCUCAAAAUAAGCCUUCAUGUUCUAUAGAUUCAGUUGUUACAAAACCAGAAUUUUGUGCUUAUCUACUUGUUAUGCAUUCACAUAAAGAAGCUGACCGUCUUUUUCAAGCUCUUAAUUCGCGUAUAAACACUUUUACUAGUCGUUUAAACGCUAAACCUACAUAUCUUCACGAAACAAAUAGUGCAUCCAACAGUCCUGGUGAUUUUUCUUCUAUUCAUUCCCGUACACAUGGUCAUCUUGAGGAAGGUGAUGACUCUCCUAGUAUUAGUAAAGUUGAUGAGGAAAACCUACGACCAUACAUGAAAUUAGAAAUUGACGAACCUCCGACAGAUGCGAACUCUCAAUCUAUGGGUUUCACACCACCUGACAAUUUGAAUUGAUCUGUCAAGAGAAAAUUACAAGAUUUUUGAUCACAUCCUAAUGUAUCUUAAUAACCUUUCUUCAAAUAAUCCCGUUGUGAAAAAGUGCUAUAAUCUAUAAAAUAUUACAUAUAUCGUUCAUAUGUAUACGUACAUUUAUGAAGUUUCCUCCUAUUAUAUACACAUACAUGUCUAUUUAUUAUGUUGAUACCAUACAAUCUUGAAUAUCAAGGUUUUGUUUGUUAUUUCAACUUAUUCGUCUAAUACACUCGUUAACUCUGUGUUUUAAUAUUAGAAACUAGUAAACAAAUAACCAAUCAAGUAUUUAUUUCUGUUCGCUUUUACAUUUUCUGAAUUAAUUUAUUCACUCACUAUAUUGCUGAAUGUUUCAAAGAUCUUUUUUAAAAAUAAUUGUAGCUACAACAUGAACACAGAUAUAUUUGUAAGAAAAAAAGGGUAAAAACACAGCAAUUUAGCAUUGUUCUUGUUUUGUUUUACUUUAUGCCUAUUUGCUUAUUAUUCCACAAUAGAGAGUUGAAAUAUUCAUUGGUAGAGAAUAUUGAAUACUUGAUUGUUCAUGCUUUAGAUUGAUUGCCUGAAUCCAUUCAACUUCUAGUUUUCUUACUCGUAUUAUGUCAUAAUAGCUCCAUUUUUCAUAUCAUACUUUGUUUCCAAGCCGAUUUGAUAUUUUUCUCAUGAAACAAAAUUUACGAACUUC